AUGGCCGCCAACGCGCCUACUCCGCCACACAGCAACAAUAGCGAGAGCAAUGGUGGUGGUCGAUCCAGAGCCAGGUUUCAACCGUCGUCCCGCGCUGCUGCCUACCAACCAAUUAUCCAUCAACACCACCAAUCCUUCCCCUCCUCAACGUCGUCCUUUUCCAUCCGCCACUCGACUUCGACCUCCAGUCUUCUCGGUCCUAACGAAACGACUCGGAUCUCAUUUUUACAGAACUCGUUCAAUGGACCCAGUAGCGCCAAUAGCCACGCCUCUUCGAAUUAUUAUCACCCCCCUCAUGGACUUCCUUCCAGCUAUGACCGUCGUUCCUUUCAGGGUUUGAAUGGUGCUGGUGGGUAUGGAGACUAUCCAGUGUCUUUGGGGGCAGGAACACGAAGUUUUUAUGCUUCCACUGCGGCUGCUGCAGGGGGACAGGCAGAGGGACGAGCAACAAUUGGAGCAAUAGGGACAGGGGGAUCGGGCAGACCAAGGGUAUCGACGACAUCCGAGGGCAUCCUGCACGAUGUAACGUCUGACUUUAAUUCACUGUACACCAUCGACAAUACGACUCCAAAUCUCCACGACCUUUCGGACGAUGAUGAGGACGGCGUGUCGUACUUUGGCACAGCAGGACAGGAUUUCUUACUCAAGAAGAAGCGUGCACAACGGUCGAGAGUGUUGUACUGGAUUGACUUGGUUGCGCUGGUCAUUUUUCUGGCCCUGGCUGGAUUGGUACCGCCUGGAUCUGGAGGCGAGGAAGGUGGUGGUGGUGGUGGGGGAUCGCCGGGGUGGACCUGGACUUGGGAGAGGAUACCAUGGCCAUUGACGAUGAUGGCUAUCAUUCGUAUCUUGCUCAUGGCCUUCACGGCCCGCUAUAGUCAUGGGAACUACAACGCCACUGUCAUAUUUGCCUGCGUGCUGAUGACCCUGGUGAUGAUGUUCCAGAUUAAUGUGAUCAUCCAGCACCGAAUCGAGCUCAGUGCUGCCCUAAUUGUCCAGUAUAUCGUCUCGGUCAUCCUCACCCAGUUCCAUUGGAUCUCCUAUUCUGCACACACGCCCAUGUCGGCCACCCUCGCCUAUGCCUACGACCCACUCUUGCACGACAGCAUUACUUUCUCGAGAGAAUCCCGAUACCUCAACGGCAAUGGUCAUAGUGGUACGAACGGAGGAGUCAAUGGUAAUGGCAAUGGCGUGUAUCCUCAUGGACGACCUACAACGGCCUUGCGACGGGGGACGUCAUAUGGAACUAUGAGCAAUUCUCCGUUUGACGCUGUUCAGGAACUGGACGAGGAGCAGGAUGAGGGCGAUGAUGACGAUCAGGAUGUCUUUGUCAAGGUCAACGUGGAUCGCAAGAAGACAGCAAUUCGUGUGACUGGAGCUGCUGGUUCUGAUGAUGACGAUACCUCGGAUGAAGAAGGAGUCGAGGAUGAGGAGGAAGAGCAGGAUAUGGCGACUUUGUUGGCCUUCCAGGAACAACGACGACUCAAAGCCUACGGUCGUACUACUACUACUACUACCACGACCACUACGUCGCCUUCUGCAGGACCCGCUCGGACUGCCUUGUCUCCACAGACGAUACUCAGUAGCGACUCUGGAACUCCGAUCAAGUCUCCACUCUCGUGGGCUUUCCGAGGAACACACGAUGUAGCAUCGACGACGAAUUCGUAUAAUAUGCGGAUGGCGGCUUCAGGAAUCCCGGGAGCGGCUGCUGUUGCUGGUGGAGGAGGAGCCGCAGGAGGGUUGACGGUUGGAUAUGGAGCCCCUAGGAGGCGACCUUUCAAGGCUGGUCGGGAUCUGAAUGGGACUGGGCGCAGGACCUGGACUGGAGGGCACAGUAUUAUUUAUUCUGGGAUUUUCGUUGACGAUGAGUCGGACGAGGAUAUCGAUGAUGAAGGCAGGAGUGGUGGUAAUGGUGGAGAUGGUAGCGAGGCGGAUGCCAUUGGCGGUGCCAGUGAUGUUGAGGGAGAGGAUGUUGACGUGAACGAAAAAGUAGGGGAAGCGGCAGAAGGAGGUGAAGGCGAGAGGAAUGAAAAGGAGGACGGGGGUAGAGAUGUGGUUGUUGUAGUGGAUCAUUCACAGGAGCAGUUGACAUUUGACGACGCUAUCAAAGCAGAGAUCGACAGUUCUAUCAAGACGACAGAAACCGAGACCGGAGCCAGUGUCGAUGUGGUCAAGCUUGAAGGGGUCGAGCAGGAUGGCGAUGAUGUGAAGGUUGAGGUUGGAUCCGGUGCAGGUGCAGGCGCAACAGUAAAAAUCGGGAUCACAGAGACAACCAAGCGUGCUACGGUACGGGAAACCAAGACCGUGCAUCGGCAUGGCUUGAAGAUCACUGGACCUAAUCGUUCAGAGGAUGGGUCAAUUAUCGGCGACUUGAUGGAUGUGGAUGGGCGGCUUGUUGUAGGUGAGGUGGCUGUUGUUGUAGGCGAGGUAGCUGUUGUUGACGGCAGCAUCGACGUGACGAGUACGUCUAAGGAGGGCGUUGUGGAUAUUGUGCCAAAACCUGGUCUUCAUCCUCAUUUUGACAUAACUUUGCCGGCAGUAGACGAUGCAGAAAACGCAACGGCGAUCGAUACACCAUAUCAAGAGCCCAAGUCAAGGGAUGGGCCUUACGGAGAUCAUUUGCCUGAAGGACACCAUCUCGGACUGUCGACCCUCCGUUUCAACAUUUCUUCGCGCAAAGAUAUCACGGCAGUGAUAUGCGACGACGAGGACUGUGAGGAACACCCAUACCAGGAAGGCCCCGCCGCCGAGCUGGAAGCUGCUACUGGAUACACCGGAAAGGGCCACAUUGUUCAGUUGGAUAUCAAGGAGAGUGAGACCAAUGCUGAGGAGCGAACCGGGGAUGGAAUCAAUGACUUUGAGGACUCUUCGGAUUCUGGGACCAUCCUUGGUUUACCUGAUCAUCACCACCGGCGCCGGAUAGACGAUGGAUUGGAUGGUAGGCUCGAGAUUCUCCCUGUGGGUAAGAUUACGAUACGCAAGGGCAAGGAGGGGGAUGGGCAUACCCAUGGAUCGACGGAGGUUAUUGCGGGUGUUGGAUCUGUGGAUGUGACAGAUCCGGCGGUUUUGGUUAUGCCGAUUACUGGAACCGCUGACCCACAACCUUCACGGCCCGGGGUCGUCGUGGGUGGUGUUAUGGAGGGUGACGGUGAGGGUGAAGGUGUCCACCGGCGGAUUCAUAUUCAUGAGCGAAGAGAGCGUGUGACGAUUGAAGAGGAAGACGAGAUUGGCAUCGUCGGCGUUCAUGGAGUUCACGGUGUUCAUGGUAUUCAUGGUAUUCACGGCGGCCAUGGAAUCCAUGGAACAGUUGUCCUUGGAGAUUCCUCGGAGGACGACCGAAUCGGUGGCGUAGUGGUCGUGGAGGGCGAUGACUCAGGGUCGAUCCUAAUUCCACCUCGACAACGCGUUCCUGGUCAGUGGAUUGAUGUCGAUGGCCAAGAACCCCCAGAAGGUGUCAUCACUUGGGGAAUAGCCGACGACAUCCCUCCAUACAUUCAACAGGAGGGCGUCAUCAUCGGAUCAGGACCAGAACCAGUUAUCUACAUUCCACCUCAAAGAACAGCCAUCGUCGAGCCACCGCCUAGACCUAUUGCAGUUGCGAUCCCUCAGGAACCUGUCGCAGUGAUCCAACCAGCACCACGCUCCAUCAUGGUAGCACGUCCAGCCCCACAACCAAUGAUCGUAUCACCGCCCAUGGUUGCGCCAGCUCCGAUUAUGCAGAUCCCGCCACCUCAGCCACGGAUGCUCGUCCGACCUCAACCUCAGCCCAUUGCCUACAGACUGCCUCCUCGAGCACAGAUAAUCCAAGCACCCCCCGCCCCAGUUUACCAGCCUAUUGUUCAGCCACCAGCAAUCGUAGCCCCUCCACCACCAGUAAUCGUUGCCCCCCCACCACCUCAAUUUCCACCACCUCAAGUCUUAUAUCAACCUCAACCAAGAGCCGUAGUGCCAGCCAUGGUCGCCCCUGCACCUGUUAUUGCUCCCACCUAUGGGACAUACGAGACGAUUGUGCCGGGUGCUGUUGGCGGCAUCGCUGGUGUCGGCGGUGUAGGUAUGCGCGGCGUCGGAGGAGUUGUAGGUGGUGGUGGAAUGGGCGGAAUAGGUGGGCGGCCAUACUCUGUUGCCUCGAUCUACGACGACCAGUCGGUCAUUUCCAUCUAUGAGCAGGAGAACUACGAUCUUGGCGAUGUUGCUUCGAUUUAUGACGACCGGUCGAUUGUGUCAAUCGAUGGAGUUGGUCACGGUCCCGUUGGCUAUGGAGGCCAUCCGUACAUGGCUGGAGCCGGCAUGGGCAUGGUCGGAGGUAACAUGGUUGGAGGACGCCCACUCCCGGGUAUGGCGUAUGACCGCCAUAUGGUCUCUGCUGCCCAUGUUACUAGAGAGGGUCUUGAGGCUCAACAUCAGGAACGACACAUGGGGCCAGUCGAGUACGUGGACUAUGAUCGAGGCGCAGAUGAGUACUACAGAAACCGCCAUGAUAUGGGGCCUUUGGAUCCGCCAAGAUACAGGUCAGAGCAUAGCAUCGACGAGCUAGUAGAGGACCGCCAUGUGUUCAGGCAGUCGGCAUCAAUCUCGGAGCGAGGCUAUCGUCGCGACUACAGUGACGAUCGGAUGGACGUGGACUCUGAGAUCAUUGUAGAAAACCGUCAUGGCGCCUUCCCCUCGGACUCUGUCAGGACGGAAACCUCAUAUACCGAGUCAUCGUACCAGGAGGUUCAGCUUGAAGAUGGUCCGGCACCGUUGCAGGAACUGGCGAUCGAGACCUAUUAUGAUACGACUAAAUCACAGCUCAAAGUACGCGAGAACCAAGGUCGAUUGCUUUCGGAGAUGGCGUUUCAGUUAAAGAAGCGACAGCAGCAGGAGCUGGAGCAGGAACGAGAAAACUCACCAUCGUUGGAUCAAGUUGCUCCUCGGUCGCCCACCUCUCCUGUUCCUGGCGUUUCUUCCUUGUCACUUUCUUUGCAAAACCAGAAUCAGAACCAACCACCAACGCUCAACAUCCCAAAACCACCUACAAACCCACCUCCAGUCAGACUUCUUGUCAAUCGGGGUAUCCCUACACCUCUGCUCCAGGCAAAAGGCAUCAUGAUCCCACCUCGGUCUCCGUCUCACAGACAAUCACCAACUCCUAGUAACCGUCCCUCGGACACGACGAGCAACAACGAGGCAAGGGCUGGUAGUGACAGAGACGACAAGGACUCGGAGCCGAUUCUGUCGACCUCAUCCAAGAAUGCCGAGAACAUUAUGUUGCUUGCCAGGAACCAAAAGAGCGACCCAUCUGCAUCGACAGCAGCAGCAACGGCAGCGCUUCUCAGUCAAGAGGCGGCAUCCAAGGCACGCUCGCUUAUUUCAGGAUCGGUCUUGCAGUCUAACAAUAGUGGAUCGAGAGGCUUUGAGCGUCCUGGACUAUCCAUGCCGCACAGUACGGCGAUGCACUUGGGGAAAGCCAAGGACAGCCAAGGUGGGGCAGUUGCUCAGACUACCGGUGCUGCUGCUGUUGUUGCCACUGCAUCAACACGGAAGGCUAAGCGGAAACAGUCGAUCCCACCCUUGAGCAGAAAUCAUCUUCAUCCAAUCCAGUUGACGGAGGGGAUUAUGGCUUGCUGGAACAACGAGUUUGGAGGCGCUCUUGGAGUUUUUAAGGACCAUAGUACUCUCUAUCCCCGAUGGAGUCUUGCAGCCGCUGAAGUGCAUAUCGUGCGUCAGUUGAUCAGUGGACAGCUCUCAGAGGCCGACUCUGAACUCAUAGACGCGCUCCAACUGUCUGAGAAGGUGGCCUCUCGUGUCCUCGAUAAGAAGACCGAUCUGGACGCCAGCUUCUUGGGAUACCGAUCGAUCUGCAGUGCCGACCCCAGUCUGAUCACACCCAACGAGAACACGCUUCGACAAAACUACAAGUGGGACUGUGAGAUGGCCUUUUAUGACACUUUGCUCUACCGUGGCAUCCUCCAGUUAACCUCGGCUUCGGACACCAAGGGCACCUUUUCGGACAUCAAGGGUGGACUUCAGCUCCGCAGGGCGUGGAAGGGCUACAUGCGGAUCAAACAAGAGAUGGAGCUUACAAAGGAGCGCAUCCAGAAACUGACAGCCCUUGUUGCGGCUUCUGAUCAGGAUACUUCCUCAACAACGCAAACGCCCACGGGAGAAGACGACAGCAGCUCGGCCAGUGCAACACGGUCGGCUCACCUUUCAAACGCUGGUCGUCCCACUCGACCCGCUCCAGUUCCUAUCUCAAUCGCCUCAAGUGUGCCACCGCCAAGCUCCAAACGGAACCAACCACUCUCAACCUCUCAGUCUUCAGAAGGUUCACGUUGGUCGCUCUUUGGACGACGCGGCAGCUUAAACCAAUCUGCAGCUUCGUUAUCGUCCUCUCCCACAGAUGCAUCCGAGUUCCUUCAGGAUGGUGAGCGUACACGGUCCAAAUUCUUGCCCUCAAAUCUUUCAGUUCAUAAGGGUCUUGCAAGCGCGCUCCGAGAUCAAGCCAAGGCCGCUGAGGACCUCAAGACAGCUGUCAGCGUUCUCGAGGAUGUGGAGGACUACUUGAUGUAUGGCAUGGGUCUGUUCUAUUUUAUUGUCACAGUUGUUCCAAAAUCGCUGUUGCCGGCUCUCAGGACGAUUGGUUUGCAGUCGAACCAUGAACUUGGCAUAAAGAACCUGGAGGCUGUUUUUGCUCGCAAGAAUGGUCGAGCUCCGUUUGCUGGACUUUAUUUGUUGAUCAACUACCUGUUCCUGCCGCGAGGCAUGGAGGAUGCAAGCAUAUCUCUAGGAAGGGCUAGCGAGAUCGUGGCCGAAUGCCUCAAGACCUGCCCAAAUGGCUCGAGCUAUUUGCUGAUGGCUUGCCACCAUGCUCGCAAGACUGGCAAUAUGAUCCCGGAUGCCUUGAACCAUAUCACCCGUGGCAUUCAGACAUGCGAAGCAGCCGCCAUCCCGUCCAUCAACUACCGAUUCGAACUAGGUCUGACGUUCUUUAUCCACCAAGAGUUUGGCAAGGCUGCGGAUGUGUUUGAUAUCCUUUGGCGAAAGUUUAUCACAGCUCAGCCUGUCAACCACCCGACAGACCUCUCUGCGGGAAAUGCCCGUAGCAGGAGACGCAAAGGACGGAGUAACAGUGUCAGUCAGCAUUCACGGACAAGGAACGAGCCUUCUUUUAGCAAUAACCCUGGUGCGAUGGAAGAGGAGGAGGAUGAGGAAGAUGACUUUGAGUUGGCGCCUUUUUGUGGGCUCUGCUUGAUUGCCAGCAAGGUGGUUCUUCGUCUUGGACAAGAGGGGUACUUUGAGUAUGGACGAGAUGGAUUCGGACAUCACGGAAACGACACCCCCACGAUGUCGGAUGGGACCUCAGCAGGUGCAAGAUUAGCAGGAUCAGGAUCGACUACACCCAUCAACUACCCGCGAACAGGACCCGAAUUUGACCUUUUGAUGGCUGCCCAGGAGGUGUUGAUCAUGAUGGCAGGACCCGAGUUGGUGGCAAAAAAUACAACGACUGGAUCUGUGUUUGGGCAUAUCAAGGCGGGAUCCAGUCAGAGUACUUGGUCUAUCAGAGAUGCUGCUACUGCUGCUGUUGAUGGCAAUGGUACUAUUGGUAGCAUUUCGACCUUGAGCGGGCAUCCACCCCAUACCCCCGCGCCACCCCCGCAAGCUGGCAAACUGAACCGGUUCAACAAAUUUGCAUGGAACCAGUGCCAAAAGAGCCUCCAAAGGGGUCGCAUUUCGCCAUUCUUGCCUCUGGUGAUCCUAUACCUGAGACGCGACCUUGCCUAUAUGAAACCCGCCUUGCUCAGAAAGUACCGCACUCUCUUGGAGACCAUCUGGAAGUCUGUGCAACAUACGGCAGACAUUGACACACAGGCGAUCUAUUUGCUACUGAGCGCGGUUGUCCAUCGCCAGCUCCUUCCCGACGAUGCUACCUUUGCCUACACUGCCCUGACAGACUGCUUGCUUCUGGAGGCAACUAUCGAGAGCGAGAUGUGGGUUGUACCCUAUUGCCACUUCGAGUUGGGUGAGCUGUUGUAUAGGACGCUCUAUCUUCCACAGGCAGCACUGGAACAGUUUCAAUGGAUCGUCAAAGGGCCCGGCAAAGAAGUGCGACCCACCAGCAUCUUGUACGCAUCAGUCCACACCUCCAACCCACGGCUCUCAGUUUACGGAGGCGGAUACCCCUCAGACACGGUCACCAACUUGAUCGAGCGUUCGGCCGCCGCUGGAGGAGGAGGGGGAGGGCAUUCGAACCACCCUUCUACGGCAUCCAACCAACGUCUCAGUCAAAUGUUCCCGACAGGUCUUGGCAUCUCUGGAAUCACUGGAUCGUCCCCCUCUGCAAAUACAGGAUUCAUGGCCCCUCCACCCAACCCAAUGGCGUUCUACAACUCGCGGUACAAGAAGUUUGAGUUCUCCCAGUCGUUGAGGCAGAGGAGUGCUGUCUGCAUUGAGCAGGUUCAGAAGGCGAUCGAUAGUGGUGUCUCCCCGAGCGUACCUACAAGUCGACGCACGUCCGUGGCUGACCAGGGCCGUGUUGAUGCAAAGACCAGCAUUGUUGCAGAGACGGGGUACAACUCAAUCAAGACGACCACCAAAAUCGAGCUGGCAUCUCUUGUGAACGCUCAAGAACAGGAGCGAACCGCGACUAGGGCUAGGUUAAAGCGGAGCUCCUUGCACCCGGCGGACCCAGUGGACCAACGUGGCGGUGAUGUGCAAGUGGCUGUAAAGUCGGCCAGACUUUCUGGAAAGAUGGAUCAAGAGGCGCAAGGUGGCACUUCCCGUUCUUCGUUUGGUGCGAGUCGCGAUGGAGCGGGUACACCGUUGACGAGAUCGGCGAGUGAAAGUUCAGCACACUCACCAACCCAGCGAGAGUACUCUUUUAGCACCCUACCUAAUAUCCUGUCGAGCGCACAGCGGAGGCGAGGCAGCCAGCAGCUCGGUCGAGGCUAA